AUGAAGACCACUAUAAUCUACUCCAUGUUGCUGGUUGCUGGUACUGCUCUAGCGGUACCUGCCACACGAGGUGACAAAGUUGUCACCAUUAGCGAGCUUCGUGCCUCUCAGACCGACCAGACGGGAUAUGUCACUUUCAAACUCAACGACCCUAACUACCACGAUGCGACUGUUGCCAACGUUAUCUGGGAUCGUCCUGGAAACCCGCAGGCGAACUCCCGCACCAACGAUGGUGCCUACCUUGUCCACUUUCCAGGUGGCGUGAAAGAUAUCUCCGCUUUUGACUUGCAGCUACAGCGGGUCAAGGGUACCGAGGAUUUCUCCGUGACCGUCAAUGAUAAGGGAAAGGGUGGUGCCCAAGACACCAAGUGGAUAUGUAGUACAGCGAAGGGUCCUGAAAAAUCGAAGAAGUGCCACUACGAUGGCGACAUCACCUUGGUCCCUUCCUGA